AUGUACCAUCUAGCAAAGUCGCUCUACCAGUACGCAACGAGCAAAGAAGAAUACUCGAUCUUGCUGCUCGGCCUCGAUAACGCGGGCAAGACGACGCUCCUCUCCCAGAUCAAGGCGCUCUUCAUCCCGGCCGCCGACGGGCAGACGCAGCCGGUCUCUGCGAAGACGGUGCCGACGGUCGGCCAGAAUGUCUCUACGAUCUCGCUGCCGGACAUGUACCUGAAGAUAUGGGACAUCGGCGGGCAGAUAUCCAUGCGCGGGCUCUGGCAGAGCUACUAUUCCAGCUGCCACGCCAUCGUCUUCGUUGUUGACAGCGCCGACGUUGGCGACGACCCGGAUGUAUCAGACCUCAGCCCGUCGUCAACACCUGAGGACGGUGCUGGAGCAGACGCGGACGCAGAUGCAGAGGGUGACGGCAACGGGGACGGGCACGGAGAUGGAGACGGCGGUGACGGUGAUGAUGAUGGCGCGCUGGAGGGACAGAUAAAGGCGAUUGACCCGGCCGGCCGAUUCGGCAGGCUGGAUGAAUGCCGUCAGGUCCUCGAAUCCGUUCUGCGGCAUGCAGACACGGCCGGCGUCCCGAUCCUCGUCCUCGCGAACAAACAGGAUAGGGAAGACUGCGUCGAAGUCGUGCGGAUCAAGGAGGGAUUCGUCCGCAAAGUCUUCGAGGGACAGGCAGGCGCAGGCGUGCGGGAUAGCAGAGUGCUCCCCGUCAGCGCCCUGAUGGGCACCGGCGUCCAGGAAGCUGUCGACUGGAUCAGGAGCCGGGUAAAGUGGAAUAAAGAGGGCAGGCCUCCAGUCAUGAGAUAG